AUGAAAUAUGUGAAUUUUUCAAUACUACACAUAAAAUCCAAACUUUUGAAUUAUUGGAUAUAUAAUAGGUUAUCUUGGUUGUAUCAUGGGAAACCUGAUCCCAUUACUGAUACGUUUGCUAAACUUCAAUUGUUAUGGAAUUCACUUGUUGGAAAUUCUAUAUAUACUUCAUUUUACAAUAAAUGUAGUCUCAAAUUUGAAAUUAUAUAUCAACAUAAUUCGAUAAAAAGGAAAGAGUUAUAUAAUUACUGCAUCGAUUAUAUAACAUUGCUCAAUACUCCUAAGUACUAUAAGGAUAUGCGAGAUAUCAUUUGUGAGUAUUUUAAAAGAAAAACUAAAUUAUAUGAGGGAUUUAAAGCAUAUUAUAGUGAACAAAAUAAUCAUGAGUGUCCAGAAUUUUUUAUUAAAUGUAAUGAAUCUAGCCCAUACGAAGCGUUAUCUCAGAUUAAUAAUUAUAUUGAAGCGGAGAAAAGAAUUUCUGAGAAUUCUGCUGUACAAAGAAAAAAAACAAUUUCCGUUCAUACAAGAUCAGAAAGUGAAACUUCAUCAGAAGGUCAAUCCGGUGCAAUAGAUUCAAAGGCAUUUGAUAAUCAUGAUAUAUCAUUGGAUGGACCUGCACUUGAAGAUAAUUCUUUAUUAACAAUUUAUGGAACAGAACAAUUUACUGAUUUAUUUAUAAAUCUUGAAAGAUCUAGUAUUGUAAGCAUUUGGGGAAAAACCUUUCUUGGAUUAAUUUUAUUUACAGUACUUUCUUCCAUUUUGUAUAAAUUUACAACCAUGGAAAUUCAUUUGCGCAAAAUAUUUGGACAGAGAAAAAAUAUUAUAAGUGACAUAAAUAAAAGGAAAAAUAUAUUAUUUGAUUACUCAUCAGAAUCAUAUAACCAAAAUUAUAUGAAUGAAGAAGAACAUUUUAUAGAGUAUCAUUCUGGGUAA